GGUGAACUCUCAGGACCUCCAGAUGACAGCUGGAAUGGUAGCCAGGUGGAAUGCUAUGGAAUAUGAUGAGAAGCUGGCCCGGUUCCGGCAGGCCCACCUCAACCCCUUCAACAAGGAGCUGGGGCCAAGGCAGCAUGAGCAGGGACCUAGUGAGCAGGCCCUGGACAUUUCUUCUGAAGAGGCCCUGCCUGAGCUGCCCCCUGGGGAGCCUGAGUUCCCCUGCUCCGAGCGCGUGAUGGAUCUCGGCCUGUCUGAGGACCACUUCUCCCGCCCUGUGGGUCUGUUCCUGGCCUCCGAUGUCCAGCAGCUACAGCAGGCGAUUGAGGAGUGCAGGCAGGUGAUCCUGGAGCUGCCUGAGCACUCGGAGAAGCAGAAGGACGCGGUGGUCAGGCUCAUCCACCUGCGGCUGAAGCUGCAGGAGCUGAAGGACCCCAAUGAGGAUGAGCCCAACAUUAGGGUCCUUCUUGAGCACCGCUUCUACAAGGAGAAGAGCAAGAGUGUCAAGCAAACCUGUGACAAGUGCAACACCAUCAUCUGGGGACUCAUUCAGACUUGGUACACCUGCACAGGGUGUUACUACCGCUGCCACAGCAAGUGCUUGAGCCUCAUCUCCAAGCCCUGCGUGAGCUCCAAAGUCAGCCACCAGGCUGAGUAUGAGCUGAACAUCUGCCCUGAGACAGGGCUGGACAGCCAGGAUUACCGCUGCGCGGAGUGCCGGGUGCCCAUCUCUUUGCGGGGCGUGCCCAGCGAGGCCCGUCAGUGCGACUACACAGGCCAGUACUACUGCAGCCACUGCCACUGGAAUGACCUGGCCGUCAUCCCUGCACGAGUGGUGCACAACUGGGACUUUGAGCCCCGCAAGGUGUCUCGCUGCAGCAUGCGCUACCUGGCGCUGAUGGUGUCCCGGCCAGUGCUCCGACUCCGGGAGAUCAACCCUCUGCUCUUCAACUACGUGGAGGAGCUGGUGGAGAUCCGGAAGCUGCGCCAGGACAUUCUGCUCAUGAAGCCAUACUUCAUCACUUGCAAGGAGGCCAUGGAAGCUCGUCUGCUACUGCAGCUCCAGGACCGGCAGCACUUUGUGGAGAACGAUGAGAUGUACUCCAUCCAGGACCUGUUGGAUGUCCACGUGGGCCGCCUGGGCUGCUCGCUCACUGAGACCCACACACUCUUCGCCAAGCACAUCAAGCUGGACUGUGAGCGGUGCCAGGCCAAGGGGUUCGUGUGUGAGCUCUGCAGAGAGGGCGAUGUGCUGUUCCCAUUUGACAGCCACACAUCUGUGUGUGCCGACUGCUCAGCCGUCUUCCACAGGGACUGCUACUACGACAACUCAACCACAUGUCCCAAGUGUGCCCGGCUCAACUUGAGGAAGCAGUCACUCUUCCAGGAGCCCGAUCCAGACUUGGAUGCCUAGAGCACUGGGCACACCACCUGCCUAUCUGGCACCCACCCCACUGGCAUUGUCAAAGCCAGGGUGCUGUUUCUGCCCUGAAGACCCUUUGGGUGCAUCCUUUGGAUGUCUUCACUCCUGCUGGGCCAGAAGUGGGUGAGCAGUGCCCACCAGGACUGAUGAUCUCCAGGUGCUGGCUGGACUUGGGGCAUCUGCACCUGGCUGUUAACUUGGUGUGCUGCUCUGAGGGGUCACAGUGUAGCCCCGACCCUCCACCCCCACUAUAGGAUUCCUUGGUCAGGGUGUGACUUUCUAGGGGGAUAGGGAAGGACCUCUUACUUCCCCAGUGACACAGCAUUCCCCAAUCCCCUAGGGCCAAGGCUUCUGGGUUCUAGAGAUGCCCCUCCCUGCUCCCGUCCAAGCCACUCUGCAACUGGUCAGGUAAAGACCCCCAGAGGGCUUCAGAGGAGUGGCCAGUGAGACCUGAGCAUGCCAGCUGCAUACACCCAGCCUUGGGCCUGUUCCACCUGCUCUGGCAGAUGCUUUAGAUUCUACCUGAAGACCAACCCUUCUGGUCCCUUGCCUCUUUGGGAGCUUCUGAUCAUCCCUGGCUGGGGCUCUUCAAGGUUGUGUCCAUGGCACCACCUGAGGUUCUUCUAAGUCAUCCAUGGGCCGUCAGUCCAUUGGGUCCCUGCCCUCCCUGAGCAGGAAAGGGAGGCUUCCUGCUGUGGCGCUUCUCCUUGUGGGUGCGCUUGCUGCUGCUCUUGCUCUGGCCCAGCCCCCUUAUCCUGGUGCUCUGAGAUGAGUGGUGGUGGGCCCGGCCCAAGAAGGGUGUCCUGGCCUCCGGUGUGUAGCAGGAACUGGGUCCCUGGAGGAGGUUCCAGGUCAGGUAAAGGAGUUGGGUACAAUAGGCCUGUGUGGCAUUCCUUGGGAUCACAUUUGUCCCUGGAGCUUUGUCUUGCUGCCAGUCUUGAAGAGCUCCAGAGAGCUCAGAGAUGACCAUCCAGAAAGUUUUGGUUUGGGGCCUGAGGCCUGAGAAAUGGGAAUAUUUGCUGGAGGAAGAAUGAAGCAGGAGGUGUAGAGCUCAUGCGGGAAUGUCCAGACCUGGAAGGUGGAUAGGACCCAAGGCUUUUCGGUGGGAAAGCCACUCCCAGCCUUGGGGUUUGCACUUUACAGGUCCUAGGGAUGGGGAUGUUGCAGGAGGGAUGUCAGGACAUGGUCAUCUGUCCCUGGACAGCUGGGGUUGCUUUUGUCUGUCCCUUUCCUCCCCACCCUAGACUGUGCUUGGCUUUGGACAUACACAGGUGGUGGGCAGAGGGCAGGUGAUGGCUAUUCAUCACCUGUGACUAAGCCCAAGAGACACUUCAGCCAGCAGGACACAGCCCAGCUUGCUGGCUCAUUCUGGGGGUGGGGGGGGGGUGAAACAGCACCCUCCUUAUCCGGCUGUGCCACCAGUUGGCUUGAGGCAAGGCGCUUGCUGUGUUUUGCCUCAGUUUCCCCAUCUGGAAAAUGGGGAAAGUGGUAUUGACCUACCUCAGGGUGGAACAGUGACAAGGGGACACUGUUGAAAUUCUUUAAGCAGUGUGACAUGAGGUCAGGUCAGUGGUGGGUCCCUAUCCUGCUUCCCCUUUCUCUUUGGGAUUGAAUGGGGGGGGGGGGCAAAGGCUAAGUGCCCUUUUCCUAUACCCCUAAAUCUGCAUGUCUAUCACUACUGCAUCACAUUUCUGUCACAUGGAUAUUGGUCAUUCCUGAAUCUCCUGUGUAGUCAACAUCACAUUAUUCUAGUUACAAAGUAUUAUGUCCUUAGGAAACAUCUGUAGGCUGGCAUUUGUUGGACAAAAGUUGGCUCCCCCUUUUUAGAUAUUCCCCACUCCUCCCACUACUACUGUGCUUUUUUUAAACUCACCUCUAUACCUUGUCCCCUAACACCUCUUCUCUACCUUUCUGGAUGACAGUCGUCUUUAAUUAGAAUCAUGUGUGGGACCUUCUACUAGUCACAGCAUGAUAGGAAGAACCACAGCCAGAAGUUGAUUUGCAUGGCCAGCAUCUUUUAGAAGACUACACCCAAAGAUACCCAUAGCGUGGAACACGGAUGGCCUGAGGAAGGCCCAGUCACAGUAAUGCCACCAUCUGUGUCUCAUUAAAUGUUUUCUCUAGA